UUCCGUGAAUUGUUGUCAAAAGUGCUGAAAUGCUGGUGAAAGCAGUAGAAUGAAAUUAUUAGGCCCUAUUUGCACAAUUGCUGACUAAACGAGUGACCGCCGAACAAGUGCCAUGUAUUCAUAAGACUCCUAAUCAUCUUCCGCACACCUGCGAAUCGGAAUUUAAAGCGGCCCCGGGGCAGAAGCGCCGCAUUUCUUCGGCGAACGUUCCGCGGAGUCGUUGGCUUGAACUGGACUGGAUUGGAUUGGUGCGGUGACUAAAACGGUCGGACAACAACAGUAGCUUGAUUAGUUGGCAGUAAACAGAGCUGGCGCUCGCAUCGGUCAUUCACACCGCUUCGUUUUGGCCACAAAAGAUCCGCGAUGGGUCUGCGGUUCCAGCAACUGAAGAAGCUAUGGCUGCUCUACCUCUUCCUGCUCUUCUUCGCGUUCUUCAUGUUCGCCAUCAGCAUUAACCUCUAUGUGUCCAGCAUCCAGAGCGCCGAUUCGGAGAUGCGUCAUCCGAAACCGCCGCCCAAGCGCCGCUCCCUCUGGCCGCACAAAAACAUAGUGGCCCACUACAUCGGCAAGGGAGACAUCUUCGGCAACAUGACUGCAGACGAUUACAACAUCAACCUGUUCCAGCCCAUCAAUGGAGAAGGUGCCGAUGGGCGACCUGUUGUGGUGCCGCCACGCGAUCGCUUUCGCAUGCAGCGCUUCUUCAGGCUAAACAGCUUCAACUUGCUGGCCAGCGAUCGCAUCCCUUUGAACCGCACCCUCAAGGACUACCGCACUCCGGAAUGCCGCGACAAGAAGUACGCCAGCGGUCUGCCCAGCACAUCGGUGAUCAUAGUCUUUCACAAUGAGGCCUGGUCCGUACUCCUGCGCACCAUCACCAGCGUCAUCAACCGAUCGCCGCGACACGUGCUUAAGGAAAUAAUCCUGGUCGACGAUGCCAGCGAUCGCUCUUAUUUAAAACGCCAGCUGGAGAGCUAUGUGAAGGUUCUUUCGGUGCCCACGAGGAUCUUCCGGAUGCAAAAGCGCAGUGGCCUGGUACCCGCCCGUCUUUUGGGAGCCGAGCAUGCGCGCGGCGACGUGCUGACCUUCCUGGAUGCCCACUGCGAGUGCUCGCGCGGAUGGCUGGAACCACUGCUCGCGCGGAUCAAGGAGUCCCGCAAGGUGGUGAUAUGCCCCGUAAUCGACAUCAUAUCCGACGACAACUUCAGCUACACGAAGACCUUCGAGAACCACUGGGGCGCAUUCAACUGGCAGCUGAGCUUCCGGUGGUUCUCCUCGGACCGCAAGCGUCAGACGCCAAGCAACAGCUCCAAGGACAGCACGGCCCCGAUAGCCACGCCCGGAAUGGCCGGCGGACUGUUCGCCAUCGAUCGCAAGUACUUCUACGAAAUGGGAUCCUACGACAGCAACAUGCGCGUGUGGGGCGGCGAGAACGUGGAGAUGUCCUUCCGCAUCUGGCAGUGCGGCGGUCGCGUGGAGAUCAGUCCCUGCUCCCACGUGGGCCACGUCUUCCGGAGCAGCACGCCGUACACGUUUCCAGGCGGCAUGAGCGAGGUGCUCACGGACAACUUGGCGCGGGCGGCCACCGUGUGGAUGGACGAUUGGCAGUACUUUGUGAUGCUCUACACUUCCGGCCUGUCGCUGGGGGCCAAGGACAAGGUGAAUGUGACGGAGCGCCUGGCGCUGCGGGAGCGACUGCAGUGCAAGCCGUUCUCCUGGUAUCUGGAGCACAUUUGGCCGGAGCACUUCUUCCCGGCCCCCGAUCGCUUCUUCGGCAAGAUCAUCUGGCUGGACGGGGAGACGGAGUGCGGUCAGGCCUACAGCAAGCACAUGAAGAGCCUUCCGGGGCGCGCUCUGUCGCGGGAGUGGAAGCGGGCGUUCGAGGAGAUCGACAGCAAGGCGGAGGAGCUGCUGGCGCUGAUCGAUCUGGAGCGGGACAAGUGCCUGCGCCCCCUCAAAGAAGACGUGCCGCGCUCCUCGCUGUCGCCAGUCACCGUGGGCGACUGCACGUCCCACGCCCAAACGAUGGACAUGUUCGUGAUAACCCCCAAGGGCCAGAUCAUGACCAAUGACAACGUCUGCCUGACCUACCGCCAGCCCAAGCUGGGCGCGAUCAAGAUGCUGAAGAACCGCAACGCCACCACUUCGAACGUGAUGCUGGCGCAGUGCGCCUCCGACUCCAGUCAACUGUGGACCUACGACAUGGAUACCCAACAAAUCUCACAUAGGGACACAAAACUGUGCCUCACCCUCAAGGCGGCGACGAACUCGCGCCUUCAGAAGGUCGAGAAGGUAGUGCUCAGCAUGGAGUGCGACUUCAAGGACAUCACCCAGAAGUGGGGCCUCAUUCCGCUGCCAUGGCGCAUGUAGAGUAUAGGAGUGCCAGGACAUCAUUUCCAUUAACCCUGCCAGCAACUCUUUAACGCAUUGUGAUAUUUAUUGAAAUUGAAUUGUUUCACUCACGAAAUUCACACGUUGAUUUCUUAACGUGAACAAGUAACCAACCCACAAGCACACAAAGUAGCAGUCCGCUUUCACUGGCACAUAAUCCACUAGAGCAGCAAUGAUCUAAAAUCAGCAAUGAUCUAAAAUCAGCAAUGAUCUUAAAUCAGCAAUGAUAUUAAAUCAGCAAUGAUCUUAAAUCAGCAAUGAUAUUAAAUCAGCAAUGAUCUAAAAUCAGCAAUGAUCUUAAAUCAGCAAUGAUCUAAAAUCAGCAAUGAUCUAAAAUCAGCAAUGAUCUUAAAUCAGCAAUGAUCUAAAAUCAGCAUUGAUCUUAAAUCAGCAAUAUUCUUAAAUCAGCAAUGAUCUAAAAUCAGCAAUGAUCUUAAAUCAGCAAUGAUCUAAAAUCAGCAAUGAUCUUAAAUCAGCAAUGAUCUUAAAUUAGCAAUGAUCUAAAAUCAGCAAUGAUCUUAAAUCAGCAAUGAUCUAAAAUCAGCAUUGAUCUAAAAUCAGCAAUGAUCUUAAAUCAGCAAUGAUCUAAAAUCACCAAUAAUCUUAAAUCAGCAAUGAUCUAAAAUCAGCAAUGAUCUAAAAUCAGCAAUGAUCUUAAAUCAGCAAUGAUCUAAAAUCAGCAAUGAUCUUAAAUCAGCAAUGAUCUAAAAUCAGCAAUGAUCUUAAAUCAGCAAUGAUCAGAAAUCAGCAAUGAUCAAAAAUCAGCAAUGAUCUAAAAUCAGCAAUGAUCUUAAAUCAGCAAUGAUCUAAAAUCAGCAAUGAUCUUAAAGCAGCAAUGAUCUAAAACCAGCAAUGAUCUUAAAUCAGUUAAGGACGCAGUAGAAGAAUAUGUGCCAGUGAGAGCAGGCUUCACCAAUCAACCAAACACCGAUACAGACCCACAAGAAUUGUUUUCUAAACACAAAUGGAGUGCGUCCGAGAGUUUUUCUCCCGCCUCGAUGGAUCUAGCUGGCAUGUUCUACUAGCUGGCAUCUAUGUCAUAUUAUUAAGCAAGUCUUAGGCAAUUUUUAGCUGUACUGAAAUACUUACUACCUUCGAACUUACUUUUUGUACACCACUUGAAUAAAGCAACCGAAUGUAGAGAGA